AUGCAGUCAAUCAGUGUUUUAGUUGUGUUUACUGUCUUUUUCGUAGUUUCAACCACCGGUGGCGAUAUUAAAGCACCGGAUUUCAUCCACCCGUGCCCUGUGGCGACCCCAGCGUGCUUGAAGCGCGCGCUCCAAGCCGCCAUCCCGGGCUUCGUGCGCGGGAUGCCCGACCUCGGCAUCGACCCCCUGGACCCCUUCAAGGUGGACCGGCUGGCGCUGACGCUGCCCGGAGGCAUCAACGUCACCAUCCUGCACGGCGUCACCACGGGCUUCGGGAAGUGCAAAGUCAUGAGUGCCGAUAUGCGCAACAACAACGUGGAGGUGAAGGUGCGCUGCAACGUGGUGGUGACCGGCAAGUACCAGUCGUCCGGCCGCCUCCUCAUCUUCCCCAUCGACGGAGAAGGCGACGCCGUCAUCAAGUGCAGUAAGUUUUGA